AUGUCAGAAAAAGGAUACGAAUGUUUUGAAAAUUUACAAUCUUUUUACGAAGAUUAUCAACAAGCAGCUUUGAAUUUUUAUUAUUCAAAUAAUAAAUCUACAGAUCCAAUUGGUUAUAGUCGAUUUAUUCUAACAUCAUUGACAAUAAUUUGUUUGAUGCAUAAAAGAUUAUGUGAAGAUAAGAGAUUCGAACGAUUGAAAUUACAUGCUAUUCGAAUCCCACAUAUUUUGGAUCUAUUUGAACUUUUAAUAUUACCUAAUCGAGAUGAUAUGAUUCGAGCUCGAAAUUUGUAUGAUUAUUUUCGAGAAUUCAAUGACAAACAAUAUCCAGAUCUGAUAAGCAAUAUAGAAUCGACAAAUGCUUUUGGUGUUUAUUUUGCUGAUCAAUCACAGAAAAUGAAUGAAACUCUACAGAAAAUUCAAGAUCAAGUUGAACAAGACAGAAAAGAUAAAAUAAAAGAAGUGAACAACGAAAAAGAAAGGUAUGAACAACUCAUGAAAAAAGCUUAUGAUUUAAAGUGUGAAUGUGAUGUGAACUUCAAUUUACAAAAAUGUGAUCGAUGUACUACUAUAAAAAAAGCAAAUAAUAUUAAAGUUGAUAUUUAUGAAUGCCCAAUACCAUCACAGCGAGAAAGUGCCCUGGCUGUUAUCUUUGAACUACAGAUGCCAAAUGAAAUCAGAUGUUUUCGAGAUAUUCUUUGGCAAUUCGUCAAUCGUCCUAAUCCGAAUCCAUCUCAUCAUUGUAUGCAUGAAUGGGUGAGCGUUAGUCCUCAUAGUGCUAAGCUAAGACAAUUCUACCAAGGGUCACACAAGUGUAAAGUGAAAUUGGUAUCUGCAACUCAAUCAAUAUCACAAAGUCAUUUUUCUACUCCACGACAGGUCGUCUCAGCACCUGUGGAUGAAUUUCUAUACGAAAAUAGCCUUCGAGUUCAAAUAUCUCCAACCAAAAUAACAGAAUUCCAAGAUGAAUGUCGAACGUUAACACCUGAAUUAACUGAUUCAAAUUAUAAAGAUUUGCAAUUUUCAAUCAAUACCACGCAAUGUAUACAAAAUAAAGUGAUUGCUGAACUAUCCAAGUGUUCACUACAAUUGAAACCAGCCCAAUUCAUUGAGUUCGGUUCAUUUCGUUCUGGUCAUCGUUUACAAUGGUGGAAUCUUUUAAGUAUUCUUGAAUUGGAUUCCUCAUCAAUGAAUGAAGAAAGUGUUGCUAUACUUAUUACACAUGCACUCUUGCAAUAUGGUCCAAUGACAAUGAAUCGAGAAACACUCAUUUAUCCCUGGUGUCCAGAAUCACAUCAACAAUUAUUAGAUGAUCAUUUUGUUGAUGAAUUAAUUGUGAGAUUGGAGCGUCAUUUGAAAGAUUGCGAAUGUAAUUGGCAGAACGAUUUAUUGUUAGUAACCAUAACAAUAAUCGCCAUGAGAGUAUUCACCAUUUGUAAUUCUACAAGAAAAAAUCAAAUGAUUAAUCUUGUCAUAAAAUGUCGUAACGUAGGUGACAAAUGGAUUCAACUGAUUUCGGAAAGCAUUCAGAAUCCAUCUUCAUCUGAUUCUGAUAAAAUGGACAUAUUGCGUGAUAAAAUUGUGAUUAUCGGUGUUGCAUGUCUAUUAACAUUUUCAAUGUAUACAGAUUAUAGCAAUUCUUUCGCUUUAUCAAAUGAAAAUGUUAUCUCGUUAUUGACACUAGUCACAACUAUUCAUGAUAAUAUGAAUUUAAGCAAGAAAAAAACAAAUAUGAGUAUAUUUAUGAGAAACAUAAUGCGUUCUAGUGAACGUGUAUUAGUAUCAAUACAUCCAACCGUUAGUGAACUCCUUGAAAAAAAUUCCUAUGAAAUUUUAAAUGAAUUUUGUGCUAGCUACUGGGCAGUUAUUCAAAAUAAAGGUAAGAUAAAUGGAAAAUGGAAGAAAAGAAAUAAACAUCUGUAUGAUGGUUGGUAUGAUGGUGAAUAUGAAUCGAAUAAGAUAUCAAUUGAUUGUUUGAAAGGGAUAUUUUCGAUUAAUGAUAUGACUAUUAAAUUUUUACCAGACAGAAUCACUUCAGAUAAGUUAUUUUUUCGUGUAUUUGGUCAUCAUAUUUUUGAAGUGCAAGCAGCCCAAUCAAAAGAUACUUAUAUUACAAAACAUGGAUACCAUGCCAAUGGAAAAGUUCACUAG